AAAACCACAAACCAAACCAAAACAACCCAGGCCAGCCAGAGACAAGCUGGGACUAGGUAGUGAAGGAGGGAAUGGGUGCAAGAGGUUGGGGGACAAAGCAGAUGGGGGUCCGGACUCACAGAGAGGAGUUUCAGAGGGGAAGGGCAAGAGGGGGCCCCUUCCAGUCCCUCUGGGAGGAGGCUCCAAACAUCUGCUGCCACCCUGGCGCUGGGGAUUUCUACCCCUUCCCCUCCCUACAGCGGCUCCGUACGGCGAGUGAGGCGCUGCAAAGCCAGCAGGGCGGCGGCUGCCCGCUGAGCCCGGGGGAUAAAGGUUGCGCCGCGCGCUCUCGGGGCCCAGCCAGUCGCGGGCUCUUCGCCGGGCCGGGCCAGAGCGUGGGGCUCCGGCAGCAGCUCCGCUUCCCUCCCUCCCUCCUCGUGCGUUGGCAUCCGCGGGCCUUCCGCAGCGGCGCCGCCAUGGCCGGGCGGCGCGGGGGGUUUCUGCAGGAGGCGUCUCACCAGAUCGCAGCGGGCGGCUCGGCCGGUCUUGUAGAAAUUUGCCUGAUGCAUCCACUUGAUGUUGUGAAAACCAGGUUCCAAAUUCAAAGAGGGAAAACUGAUCCAACAAAUUACAGGAGCUUGGGGGACUGUUUCAGGACCAUUUCCCGGACAGAAGGGUUAUUUGGGUUCUACAAAGGCAUACUUCCUCCUAUUUUGGCUGAAACACCAAAAAGGGCAGUGAAGUUUUUCACCUUCGAACAGUACAAGAAAUUACUAGGAUAUGCUAUGCUCCCACCAGGACUGACAUUUGCAGUUGCUGGCUUGGGAUCUGGAUUAACAGAAGCAGUUGUGGUUAACCCUUUUGAAGUAGUAAAGGUUAGCUUGCAGGCCAAUCGGAAUGUUUUCACAGAGCAACCAUCUACCUUUUCACAAGCUCGGCAAAUUAUUAAAACUAAUGGUUUGGGAUUCCAAGGACUCAACCGAGGUCUCACUGCAACCCUGGGCCGUCAUGGGGUUUUUAAUAUGGUUUACUUUGGAUUCUACUUCAAUGUGAAAAACAUUAUUCCAGUCAAUAAGGAUCCCACUUUGGAGUUUUUGAGAAAAUUUGGAAUCGGGCUAGUUUCAGGAACAAUUGCCUCAAUUAUUAAUAUCCCUUUUGAUGUUGCAAAAAGUAGGAUUCAAGGGCCACAACCCGUUCCUGGAGAGACCAAGUACAGAACCUGUUUUAAAACUAUGGCAACAGUCUAUAAAGAAGAAGGAUUUCUGGCUUUGUACAAAGGGUUGGUUCCCAAGAUCAUGAGGCUUGGCCCAGGUGGUGCUGUGAUGCUCUUGGUUUAUGAGUAUGCUUAUGCAUGGCUUCAAGAAAACUGGUAAUUGGAAGUAGUAUGUCUAAAAUCAUGUACUCGUUGACAUAAUGGACAUGCUGAAAAUAUGUUAUGGUCACGUUAGGGGUAAAGGAUCUAAAUAAUUAAAGCAAAAUAUAAUUGAGACUUUCAUGCUACAAGGUGCUCAGUUCCCUCUGGAGAGGAUUCAUCACUGCAGAACUGGACCUUCAGGCGCUGAUCCAACAAUGCAUUUAAGCACAUGCUCAGUUUUGAAGGCAUGAGUAAUACAGCUGUUAUGCUUAAGUGCUUUGCUGAAUCAUGGCCUCGCUGUUCAGGAAAUAGAUCAGGGAAACAUAGAAAUAAGUUAGUAUCUCAAGAAUAAACUAAAUGUUAUGGGCACUUGAUUGUGUCAUAUAGUAAAUGCACUGAUUUUUUAAACUUGUGAUCACUUCAAUUGACUUUCAGAGGAAUGCAGCGG